UCAUAUAGUAUGUAGUUCCCUGUGGGAUUCCCAGUGUGUUUCAUUUUGUUGGAAUGAUACGUGGCACAAAAGACAAAGUCUAUUGGAAGAAUCGACGCUGAUAAGUUACUGGCGCCAUAGCGGCUCACAAGCGUAAUGGCAAUUAGAGACAGGACUACAUUGAUGCUCUUCAUCACAAUUCUCUUCCUGAUCAGCGUGCUUUCUUGGGGUAUUCCAGACGCUUCUCCAUACCCUUUCUACAAACAUGGCCCAGAGAAACAAUGUUUGAAACAAACGUUUGAAAAGUCGGAGAGGAACGACAAGACACUUGGAAGCACGGAAACAUGUCGCACUCGCCUGAAACGUAAGGGUUAUACAAUUGAGGAACUCGCUAAGCAGUCGAAAGUUAUGGAAGAAAGAGUUGCCAGGUUGGAAAAGAGAGUUCACGAGUUAGAAGAGGAUGGGGAGGAGGCUGUAUCCCAACCUGGUCAUAAUACACAGAAUCACAAGGAUAUAACUGAAGAUCACCCCAAAAAAUUGGAGAAACUUACAAACAGUGUAAACAGACUGGACUCAACGGUCUCAAAACUCUCUGAUCAGAUGGAGUCCUUGACUAAUCGUGUUGAAAAUAUUGAUGUUUGGAAAACUGACAUUGUGAAUUUGGAACUGCCGAAAAUCCGACAAGAUGCAAAAGAUGCGACACGUGGCGUCGAAGGCUGGUUGGAGAAGGUUGAUGCACUGGUGCAGGAUGUAGGAAAUAUUUCCAUCAAUGUCACCUCUGUUAAUACCACUGUCUCAGAGCUCGCCCAUAAUGUUACAGCCGUGUCCGCAAGGCUUGCUGACUUAGACGCACGGGAAAGGCAGAUUGCAGAUACGGGAGAUGCCACACGGAAGAUGGCCGAAGAUGCUGAGAAGGCUGCGGCAGAAAAUGCAAGGAAUGUACAGGAACUUUCACUGGAAGUGGAAAGCAUCACCACAAAAAUGGCUGGCAUCAAUAGUACAAUGUCAACCAUGGAUCAGGCUAUGAAAGAAAGCACGGCUUUGUUACUGUCUUGGAGAACUGAGAUCUCUGAGAAGGAAUUGCCCAUGAUUAAACAGAACAUAACAGAUAAUCGUAAAUUGCUGGAGGAGGCGAGACAAAAUGCAAGUGAGAGUUCACGAUUACUUCAAGGUCAUAUUCUAUUGGCAAAAGACAAAUAUGUUGAGUUCCAUAAGCACAUAAACGAAAUCCAUAAAAGGGAGAAAGAAUUUAUGGACGAAAAUGAUUCUGUGAAGAGAGAAGUGGAAACGUUGAAGAACGUAUCUAAGGUUUUGGGUUUUGACGUCGCAAAUCUUCAGGAAAAUGUAAAUAGCCUUCAACAUUUAACUGAGUCUGUUCGGACGCAGGUCUUUAGUAACUCCGAGAAGCUUGAAGCAGUGACACAAUCAGUGGGAAAUAUCACAUCAAACAUUACCGCAAUAAAUAUAACGGCUGAACAUCUUUCUUCACAAUUGAACGUAACAAAACAAAGUGUUGAGUCAUUAGCGUCUUGGAGAAAUGAGCUUGUGCUUAAGGAAAUACCGACCCUCAAACAAGACAUAGACGUUGUCCAUCAAGAAGUGGAACAAGUCCAACGGAACACCAGCACAAAUGGAGAUCUUAUAAAAGCUCACAUUGUUUGGGCGAAUUGGACAUAUGUAGAGUUUCAAAAGCACCGCAACGCCACAAACAAGAAAGUGGCAGAAUUUGCGGGAAAGCAUGACAACACUGACAGGAAACUAGACGGGGAGGAACUAGACGGCGCCAUGACCAAGGCUGAGCUGAGUCAGCUGAAAGGCAAAUCAGCAUAUCACGAUAUCUCCUUCCUUCUGACUGUGCUGAACACCAUAGUCAGCGUCUUUCUAAUGAUGUAUGCGUGGAAGACUCUGUCAUCAGCGUCACUACCAGCACCAGCAGCACCAGCAGUAACAACCUCAUGCAACGAUAUACAGGAGAGGGGCUUCCGACGUGAGGAGAAGUACGAGCUGUCGUGGACGGGGCCGAUGGAGGACUCCCUGUGUAUUGUGACCUUCCAUACCGAGACGGAGAUGAAACAUGCCGAUCAGACCAGGUCUGUGUUCGAGUCUGUGCAGCAACCAUGUCCCACCAUCCACACUCGGGUCAUCCGGUGCCACGCAGACAUUAAACAACUGCCGGGAUCGCGCGUCUUCCUCGUCUUUGUCGACUUCAAUGAGCGGCACGUCAUCUUGGAGGAUCCCACUAAGGGGCUUGGCGAUCUCAGGGUGACCACUGUGCGGAGUCUCUGGAGGUUUGGAGCCGACGUGACGGUGAUCUACUGUGGUGACAGAGGAUCCGUGAAUUUGGGCAGUGGUCUUUUUAAUCCCGAUCUUAGUUCCAUCCACCGACAGAAGGAAUUGACUCAGCUACAGAAAAGUGACAGAAUUCUAAGCAUCUGCAGCGACUUCAGCAACGACCAGAAAGAACACUGCAGGACCUUCAUCAACAGACUGUUAAGGAGACAGCCGACUACUUCAGCUGAUUACGACUUCAACAACCACGAGUAGCAAUCUAACAAAGUUUAGGAACCAAUAGCAGCUGUUUACUAUGUAUUAAUGUGACAUUAGACAAUGAUGCCGUCCCAGAAGUCAUCAAUCGACAUAUAGUCCAUCAGGGAACAGAUGUACAAAGCGAUCUUAGCGCUAAGAUGACUGUAGCUCCCAUACCUUAACAUAGACUUAAGUUAACCAUAGCUAAAGGUGUAUUGUACAACGGCUACCUGGGGCCUUAUUCUCGAAACGUUCGUAUCCCUAAGAAUUCUUAACCUUGAUCGUAGCCAAUGUGUUAAGAAUGGGUUUAAGAAGUUCGUAGGGCUACGAACGUUUCCAGAAUAGCUAGCCUGGGCCCUUGUUCUCGAACCUUUCGUAGCCCUAACAAUUCUUAUAUUUGAUCGUAGCCAAUGUGUUAAUAAUGGGCUUAAUAAGUUCGUAGGGCUACGAACGUUUCGAGAAAAGCUAGCCUGGUCAUUAACAAACAGUCGUAACGUCACGCGGGCCUCUAUCCAACAGUGCUAUAACCUAGCAGUUUAUCAGUUGGCUGUUGUAAAGUCACGCGGGCCUCUAUCCCACAGUGCUAUAACUUAGCAGUUUAUCAGUUGGCUGUUGUAAAGUCACGCGGGCCUCUAUCCAACAGUGCUAUAACCUAGCAGUUUAUCAGUUGGCUGUUGUAAAGUCACGCGGGCCUCUAUCCAACAGUGAUAUAACCUAGCAGUUUGUCAGUUGGCUGUUGUAAAGUCACGCGGGCCUCUAUCCAACAGUGCUAUAACCUAGCAGUUCGUCAGUCGGCUGUUGUAAAGUCACCCUGGCCAUUAGCCGAUUGGAUUACGGUACUACAGGUCACUCGCCGACAUGAUUCCUGAUUUCUGAAGGUCAUUACCCGAAGUGUUUCAUCAUUCCUGGAGGUCAUUACCCGAAGGUAGAUAGAUAGAUGUUCUUUAUUUCUUCCAUAAAAUGAAGAUUACAUUUGUAUUAUAAACAACAGUACAGAAAAGGUUCUAACUAUUAGUACUUAUAUUAUACAGUAAUAUUCAAUUGUGAAAGAACUGAAGGUAUUUAUGAACAUUGCCGGAGUAUUCUCUCCCAACUGCGAACUGAGAAACUAAUCAUUACAAUCAGUUCUGACCAAACAUUAUAGUCCAAUACAUCCUUACAGUGGUCAGGUAUACCUCCGAGGAGGAAUGACAGGAAUACAUCAUCGUCUUCCACCCACAUUUUAACAACAAUGUCUAUGUCAAGAAAGUCACGGAUUCUUUCAAAUAGAAAAAAAUUACUUUCUACUAGGUUAUACUGGCAUGACAUAAAAACAUGUUUCAUAAUGUCGUGAGCAACUGUUCCGCAUAGAUAUUCCUUUGAUUCUAUUGGAGUUAUAAUUCUCGCAAUGUCAGUGAAGUUCUGAGGUCGUUCUAAAGCGAGUAUUACCCGAAGGUGUUUCAUGAUUCCUGAGAGUCAAUAGCCGAAUGCGUGACGAACAUGCACUCUUUUGGCCAACAGUAUUACAAUUAUGCAGAUUAUUUAAUGUAUAUUUCACUUGUUGAAUUGUAUAAACUACAACUUAUCGUUUUCAUGUAAAUAGUUUUAAACUUUGUUUGUGUCGUGGAAUGCUGCCAUCUGUCGAUUCAGAAUCUUUUGUGACUGAGACUGCGCAUAGUUCCACGUGUUUUAAGUGAGUGAGUUAGUUUAGUUUUACGCCGCACUCAGCAAUAUUCCAGCUAUAUGGCGGCCCCCGUGUCUUAAUCAACACAACGUCCCUCCUGUCCGGUUCAACACAACAUCCCUUGUGUCUGAGUAAACAAGCAUCCCUCGUGUCUGAAUAAACAAGCAUCCCUUGUGUCUGAAUAAACAAGCAUCCCUUAAAAAUUGUGUCUGAAUAAACAAGCAUCCCUUUUGUCUGAGUAAACAAGCAUCCCUUGUGUUCGAGUAGACAAGCAUCCCUUGUGUCUGAGUAAACAAGCAUCCCUUGUGUCUGAAUAAACAAGCAUCCCUUUUGUCUGAGUAAACAACAAUCCCUUGUGGCUGAGUAAACAAGCAUCCCUUGUGUCUCAGUAAACAAGCAUCCUUCUGUCUGAGUUAACAAGCAUCCCUCGUGUCUGAAAAAACAAGCAUCCCUUUGUCUGAGUAAACAACAAUCCCUCGUGGCUGAGUAAACAAGCAUCCCUUGUGUCUGAGUAAACAAUCAUCCCUUUUGUCUGAAUAGACAACAAUCCCUCGUGGCUGAGUAAACAACGAUCCCUCAUGGCUGAGUAACAUGCUUCCCUUUUGUCUGAGUAAACAAGCAUCCCUUGUGUCUGAGUAAACAAGCAUCCCUUGUGUCUGAAUAAACAGCAUCCCUUGUGUCUGAGUAAACAAGCAUCCUUUUUGUCUGAGUAAACAAGCAUCCCUUGUGUCUGAGUAAACAAGCAUCCCUUGUGUCUGAAUAAACAAGCAUCCCUUGUGUCUGAGUAAACAAGAAUCCCUUUUUGUCUGAGUAAACAAGCAUCCCUUGUGUCUGAGUAAACAAGCAUCCCUCAUGGCUGAGCAAACAAGCAUCCCUUGUGUCUGAAUAAACAAGCAUUCCUUGUGUCUGAGUAAACAAGCAUCCGUCGUGUCCUAAUACACAAGCAUCCCUUUUGUCUGAGUAAAUAACAAUCCCUCGUAGCUGAGUAAACAAGCAUCCCUUGUGUCUGAGUAAACAAGCAACCCUUGUGUCUGAGUAAAGAAGCAUCCCUUGUGUCUGAAUAAACAAGCAUCCUUUUUUGUCUGAGUAAACAAGCAUCCCUUGUGUCUGAGUAAACAAGCAUCCCUCGUGGCUGAGCAAACAAGCAUCCCUUGUGUCUGAGUAAACAAGCAUUCCUUGUGUCUGAGUAAACAAGCAUCCCUUGUGUCUGAGUAAACAAGCAUCCCUUGUGUCUGAAUAAACAGCAUCCCUUGUGUCUGAGUAAACAAGCAUCCUUUUUGUCUGAGUAAACAAGCAUCCCUUGUGUCUGAGUAAACAAGCAUCCCUUGUGUCUGAAUAAACAAGCAUCCCUUGUGUCUGAAUAAACAAGCAUCCCUUGUGUCUGAGUAAACAAGAAUCCCUUUUUGUCUGAGUAAACAAGCAUCCCUUGUGUCUGAGUACACAAGCAUCCCUCGUGGCUGAGCAAACAAGCAUCCCUUGUGUCUGAAUAAACAAGCAUUCCUUGUGUCUGAGUAAACAAGCAUCCGUCGUGUCCUAAUACACAAGCAUCCCUUUUGUCUGAGUAAAUAACAAUCCCUCGUAGCUGAGUAAACAAGCAUCCCUUGUGUCUGAGUAAACAAGCAACCCUUGUGUCUGAGUAAAGAAGCAUCCUUGUGUCUGAGUAAACAAGCAUCCCUUGUGUCUGAGUAAACAAGCAUCCCUUGUGUCUGAGUAAACAAGCAUCCCUUGUGUCUGAGUAAACAAGCAUCCCUUGUGUCUGAUUAAACAAGCAUCCCUUGUGUCUGAGUAAACAAGCAGUAACCAAACAAGCAUCCCUUGUGUCAGAACCACCACACCUUCCACCACGUCUGAGUCAACACAGCGUCCCUCAUGUUUGAGUAAACAAGUGACCCCCGUAUUCGAAGGGUGGAGAUUGUGACCUGACGAGGCUAGCCUUGUGAUUGGAGAAUCUGUGGAAACGGGAGUGCUUGUGGUAUUAUUAAUCCGUUAAUCCAGGGUGAUUAUCACAAAGCACAUUACAUCAUCGUUUAUUUUUAUAAAAAAACAACAACUGUAUUUUGUUUGGGAAGCUGUAGCUUGUCGCUGAUGUUAAACCCGCCCAUGUCUGAAUCUGCCACGACAGUGAAUAAAACAACACCACACUGUA